AUGACGAAUCUCUCCGCCGCGACCGCCACUAACCCAACCAACCUCCCGCCUCGGUAUGAAAUCCGGAAGCUGACAGACGAACACAUCGAAUGGGCCAAGGCCAUCGUGCUGCACUCCAACAUGUUCUACUCCCCCGUGUGGCCGGUGUGCUACCCAGAGGACAAGACGGCGCGGCUCUACCGCGGCUUCGAGGCCUGCGACUACCUGGUCCGCCACCAGAUCAAAUCGGGCCACAGCUUUGGUGUUUUCGAUCUGGAAUACCAGUUCAAGCGCGACGAGUCGAAGCCACACGGCAAACUGUACUGGGAUCUUCAGGACACCACGCUCGACCGGGACCAGCUUCUGGAGCAGAUGGACUUCCCGCUGGUCAGCAUCGCAUUGGCGUACGACGGCAUCAACGGACUCGACCACGAGCAGAUCGGCCGGCUGGUAGCGUGCCUCCCGCUCUUCGGCGCCGUCUACCAGGUGCUCACGGAGAAAGACCCGCGUGAUCCCGCCUCCUGGGCGCCCACGGCCGAGGGACAAGUGCUGCUGCGCAACGCCACCAGCACGCGCCACGACGCCGAGGGCAAGGGGCUCAUGAAGGCACUGGCCCAGUUCAUGAUGCGCUACGCCGCCGAGCAGGGCUUCCGCGCCAUCCAGAUCGAGUGUCUCGCCGACGCCGUCACCAAGGUAUGGUCGCAGCCGCCGCCACCGUUCAAGGGGACCGUGAUCUGCGAGUUCAAUACCGAGGACUACGAGGAGGAGGUUGAGGAGGCCGAGGGCGUCACCAAGAAGAUCAAGCCGUUCUUGCCCGUCAGGCAGAGAGCCACCAAGAUCUAUUGCGACCUGAAACCGGCCCAGAACGGGCAUGCCGUCGGAGCAUGA